CCAUAUAAAAUAAAAGUGUAUAUGGCUUCUCAUUUUCUUUCACUUGGGGUUAUCAUGCUCAUAACCUCUUCUUUUUCUUUGGCAUCCGACAGCAGCCCUCUUCAAGAUUUUUGUGUUGCCGACCGCAAUGGCCCAGUGCUAGUGAACGGUUUGGCUUGCAAAGAUGCAAAGCUUGUGAAGGCGGAUGAUUUCUUCUUUAGUGGACUGCAUUUGAUGGGAAACACCUCAAAUGCGGUUGGAUCUCUAGUGACUCCUGUUACCGUAGCUCAACUACCUGGUCUCAACACUCUUGGUAUCUCAAUGGCUCGUAUUGACUUUGCUCCUUGGGGUAUUAAUCCACCUCACACACAUCCUCGUGCUACUGAAAUCUUGACGGUCAUUGAAGGACGCAUCCAAGUUGGGUUCAUCACAUCCAACCCCGAAAAUCGUCUUAUCAACAAAGUGCUUCAAAAGGGUGAUGUUUUUGUUUUCCCAGAAGGACUGAUUCACUUUCAGAGGAAUGUUGGACAUGGCAAUGCUAUUGCCAUUGUCGGUCUGAGCAGCCAAAAUCCAGGUGUUAUUACGAUUGCAAAUGCUGUGUUUGGAGCAAAACCGGAUAUUCCGAAUGAUCUUUUGGCCAAGGCUUUUCAGGUGGAUGUGAAGGUGGUUAAUCAAAUUCAGUCAAAGUUCUAGACAGUAUGAUCUUUGUGCACCUAACCUUAAUUCAUUAAUUAGACUGCUAUUCAAGAUUUCAUUUGAUUUACAUAUAUUGUUUUGUUUUAUUUAUUUUAUUAUGUAUCAAAGUUCAUGAAAGUGAUAAAAGGAUUUAUUAUUAAGUUUUAUGAUCUUUGCCUA